AUGGCCGAACCCGAACCCGAACCCCGGGGCUCUCCGCCUGGGCCUCCCGGGGCUCGGCCGGACGCUGGCCCCGGGGUCCCGGCCGGCCUGAGGCCCCGGAGCCGGGGCCAGAGCCGGCCCCCGGCCCCGGCCCCGGCCCCGGAGGGGCUGACCGACCCGCAGGAGCUGCUCGAGGAGGUGGAGCUGCAGAUCGAUGACGCAGCGUUUUCAUUAACUAAACUUCUUGAGGCCGCAUCUGCCAUAUCGGCCCAAGUAGAAGAGCUGGCAUCCAAAUGUACGGAAAAUGCCCGUUUCCUUAAGACCUGGCGGGACCUCCUCAAAGAAGGCUAUGAUUCCUUGAAGCCCGACAACUGACGGAACGGGAGAAGUGACAAUAACGAGCUGCUUUGGGAAAUUGAGAGCAAGAGUGCUUUAUAGAUGAUCUCACGUGCGACACCAUCUACAGUAUCAGUGCACAUAUUGUAUGUACUGGAUUUAAACAGCAAUAAUUCUGGAUCUACUGGGACUAA